AUGAGAGAUCGCUUUUCUAAUCUACGACUCGCUGAUCCUGAAUUUUAUAACCCUGCUCCGGUUGAUAUCUUAUUAGGGGUUCAAUCAUACUUCGAUAUUCUGACGGACGAACCGCAGCAUAUAAUCGGUAAACCAAGUGCGAUAUCCACGAGAUUAGUCUGGGUUAUAAUGGGAGGUGUGUCGUCAGCGAUUUCCCAAAUUGUUCAGUCAUUGUUUGUGACAUCCGAGGAAGAGUUACUCAAUGACACCUUGAAAAUGUUCUGGGAAUCGGAAGAUAUAUCAAAUCCGGGCGUGAAUCUCUCCCCAGAGGAUACCUUUUGCGAGGAAUAUUUCUCUUCUACGGUAUCACGAGACUUGACGGGACGGUACAUAACUAGACUCCCCUUCAAAAAUAAUUCUCGUCCUAAGUUAGGCACAAAUCGACAGCGAUCAUUGGAGCGGUUUCAUAAGCUGGAGUGUAGGUUCAAACGCGAUCCGGAGUAUUACAGGUUAUAUAAAGAAAAUUUGAGGGAAUAUGUAGAACAGGGACAUAUGGUCCCAGCUCCUCAAAGUUCCGACUAG